AUGAAAAAACCGGCCGAAACCGAUCAACUAGGGGAGAGAAAACCGAUAUUAUCGGUCUCGGCGCGGUGUGGUUCGGUUCCUCGGUCUGCCGUCGGCGUCUCUGUUACGGAGGAGGGAUAUGCCGCCGUCUACCAUGAGAGAGUAGAAGAGAGUUGCAACUUGCAGCUUGUCGAGGAGAACAUCUACAAAUUUGCCAAGAAGGGUCUGACACCAUCUCAAAUUGGUGUUAUUCUGCGGGAUUCUCAUGGGAUUGCUCAAGUGAAGAGUGUUAUUGCAAGCAAGAUUUUGCGUCUACUGAAGGCCCAUGGACUUGCUCUUGAAAUUCCGGAGGAUCUGUACCACCUUAUAAAGAAAUCAGUCUCGAUCCACAAGCAUUUGGAGAGAAAUAAGAAGGACAAAGAUUCCAAGUUUAGGUUGAUUUUGGUUGAGAGCAAAAUCCAUCGCCUAGUUCAAUACUACAAUAAGACAGAGAAGCUGCCGUGUAUGGAAAUAUGA